UCUACAUUUUAGUAUUUUACACACCUUUGUACACAGCUCAAUCGAAAUUCACCAAUCUCUUCGUUCGUUAAUUUUAGUCGCUCGUUUUCGGUUUUUUUUUUUUUCAUAGCCUGUGUCUCCAUUUCCCGCUCACUAUUCGGUUUAUUAGCUUGCAACAAUGGAAGCUUCCACUUCUUCCUACAAGAUUAUAUUGGGAUCAUCCUCAGUAGCACGGCGCAAGAUACUAUCUGAAAUGGGGUACGAAUUCACGAAAAUGACUGCUGAUAUUGAUGAGAAGAGCAUCCGAAAGGAAACUCCUGAAGAGCUGGUUAUGGCUCUAGCUGAAGCCAAGGCCAAUGCCAUCAUAUCUAAACUUCAAACUACCAGUAACCAAGAGAGGGUUGAUGAACCAAUGAUUUUAAUUGCGGCAGACACAGCAGAAGCUAUCUUACAGAAGCUCCCUGUUGAUGACUACCUAAAGGAUGCUGAGCCAACAUUAUUAAUUACUUGUGACCAAGUGGUGGUCUAUGACGGUGUGGUUAGGGAAAAACCAUCUAGCAAAGAAGAAGCUCAGCAAUUCUUGAAAGAUUAUUCUGGGGGGCAUGCAGCAACUGUGUCAUCCGUUCUAGUUACAAACCUCAAAACUGGAUUCAGAAAAGGAGAAUGGGAUCGUGUGGAUAUCUAUUUCAAUGAAAUACCCGAUGAAAUAAUUGAGAAGCUGGUUGAUGAGGGUGUUACUCUCAACGUUGCUGGUGGGCUGCUAAUAGAGCAUCCUUCGAUAUUGCCAUUUGUCAGAGAAGUGGUAGGGACAACAGAUAGUGUGAUGGGACUUCCAAAAGCUGUGACUGAAAGACUCUUAAAGGAGGCUAUGUAGCCUGAGCUACUGACCCACUUUAUUGAAUUACUUGGUAAUGACUUUAAUUGAUGACCUUAAUUCUCUACAUUGAUCUAAACUCAUGUAAUUACACUUCUGGUGUGCAAUGAAUGGUUGAAUUCAUUGAAAAAUCCAAGAAUAAAUUGGCAUUUAGAAAAUUGCAG